AUGGCUGUACAGAUUGAGGUUGACUUUGCCAUCAAUGGCGAGGGAACUCUCCACGGCGACGGCAUGGCCCUUUGGCUUACCGAAGGUCGCGCGAACCAGGGUCCAGUGUUUGGAUCUGCGGACAGAUUCAAGGGCCUAGGCAUAUUUAUCGAUACCUAUAAGAACGGUCGGCAAGGAAUGACUUUUCCGCUGGUUAUGGCCAUGCUUGGUGACGGGAAUACUCCAUACGACCAGGCCAGAGAUGGCCAGGCCAAUGAGCUUGCAUCGUGCUCGGCUCGUGGAAUCCGCGGCUCCUCCUACCCAACGAAGCUCCGUCUUACUUACUUCCAGGAUAAGUACCUAGCUCUGGACCUACAGUACAAGUCAGACAUGGCCUGGACCUCGUGCUUCAAGAUUCAAUCCAGGCCUGAGUCCCCGAUUAAUCUUCCUGCCGCCUCCUAUCUUGGUUUCAGUGCCGAAACUGGCGAACUAAGUGAUACCCAUGAUAUCCUAGAAGUCGAUGUAUACUCUCUUUACACUAAACAAGGAAGUGACAGCACCGGUCCCGGCCAGAUGGCCCAGUCUGCUAACCAGAGAAACGCCCAGAGGGAGCAUUCAUACCAUGCUGCAAAAGGUGGCGGCAGUUGGCUAUGGUUCUUCUUCAAGGUCAUAUUAUUCUUCGUGGUUGUCAUUGGAGGAUACGUUGGAUGGACUGCUUAUCGCGCCGCUGUCAGCAGGCGGUUCUAA